AAGUAUCCCACUCCGUUACGCUCUCUUCCUUGAACCUCACCUCACCUCCCAAUUGCAGGGAUACAGACCUUUCACCAACCCACCUCAUCCCGUUCCGUUCUCAUCUCAAAAACUCAACCACCUUUCUUCCUUUCUUUCUUUCAAUCUCUUCCAAAUUCAGUAUUCAAUUCUCUUUCAACCUUUCUCUAUUUCUCUACAAUUCCAACACGCAGAAAAAAAAAAGAAAAUUCUAUUCCAAUGACAUCACCAUCUACUACAAUAACAAACAUGCUAACAAACACGAACAGGAACGCGGACACAGACACGAACACAGACACACGUGGCUCUAGUAGAAAGAAAACAAAGAACAAGAAGCAUCAUCAUCAAGAUUCUCAGAUUCAGAUCAACCCUAAAUGGAAAUCCCAAGCGCAGCAGCAAAUCUACUCCACCAAGCUCCGUCGCGCCAUAACAUCCCUCAAUUCAACUACCACUCCCCGCCGUGGAAAAGCCGUCCGACAAGCAGCCGAUAGAGCUCUUGCCAUGACAGCCAAAGGAAGAUCCCGAUGGAGCCGAGCUAUCCUGAUGACUCGGCUCAAACUCAAGUUUAGGAAGAAUAAGAAUAAUAAGAAGAAGAUGCAUCGCGUAACCGCUUUAUUGCCGUCAGCGCGAUCGAAGAAAUCGAGAGUGAAUGUGUUCCGGUUGAAAGGAAAGGUGGUUCCCGGGGUGCAGAGUAAAGUACGGUUUCUUGGAAGGCUGGUUCCUGGUUGUAAGAAGGAACCGUUGCCGGUGAUUUUGGAGGAAGCUAUUGAUUACAUACCGGCGCUUGAGAUGCAGGUUCGAGCCAUGAGUGCACUUUUUAAUCUGCUAUCCGCGGCUUCUACUUCCGGUGGCGCCGGUGGAACUUCCGGUGCCGGUUGUUAAAAACUGGGUUUUCGGGUUUUAAUUUGUAUGUAAUUGUAAUAUACGCAAUGUGUCCAUUUUUUUAAAUUUUUAUUAUUGUUACUAUUAUUUACUAUUACCUUUUUUUUAAGGGAAAUAAUUCUAUGUCCUUUUUGUUUUCUUUAUUC